GGUAAAAUCUCAUAUUUUCCUCUUCUCUCGACGACAACUACCUUAGGGUUAGGUUUAUUUUUCUCGCUUAUUCUCUCUUACUCUCUUUUUUUUUUUUCCCUAAUCCGAUUUCGAUUUGUCUUCUCCGAUUCGCUCUUCAUUCGAUCUCUCUAGACUUUAGGAUUAUUGAUUUCUGCUUUCGAUUCGGAUCUGUACUUAGACAUGGAUGUUCGUAAGAGAGGACGGCCUGAAGCUGGCUCAUUCAACUCCAAUGGCGGCGGAUUCAAGAAGUCUAAGCAAGAGAUGGAAUCAUAUUCAUCAACUGGUUUAGGAAGCAAAUCGAAGCCAUGCACAAAAUUUUUCAGCACUUCUGGCUGUCCUUUUGGAGAGAAUUGCCAUUUCUUGCAUUAUGUUCCCGGAGGAUACAAUGCUGUAUCGCAGUUGACAAAUAUGGGACCACCCAUGCCUCAAGCUCCCAGAAACAUGGGUGGUGGAGGGCGAUUCUCAGGGAGAGGAGAUUCUGGGCCUGGCCAUGUCUCUAGCUUUGGUGCCUCAGCAACAGCCAAAAUCAGUGUUGAUGCCUCUUUAGCCGGUGCAAUCAUUGGAAAAGGUGGAGUCAGUUCAAAGCAGAUAUGUCGUCAGACGGGGGCAAAGUUAUCAAUUCAAGAUCAUGAGAGAGAUCCGAACCUGAAGAACAUUGAGCUUGAAGGAUCAUUUGAGCAGAUAAACGAAGCGAGUGCAAUGGUAAGAGAGUUGAUUGGGAGGCUUAAUUCAGCAGCUAAGAAACCACCUGGUGGUGGAGGUGGCGGUGGCGGCAUGGGUUCAGAAGGGAAACCACAUCCAGGGAGCAACUACAAGACAAAGAUCUGUGAGAGAUUCUCUAAAGGAAGCUGUACAUUUGGUGAUAGAUGUCACUUUGCUCAUGGUGAAGCAGAACUACGCAGGUCAGGGAUCGCCUAGGGUGUUGCUUGCGUUAGAGAAUUUCCUGGCAAAACAAGUCUCCUCUUUCGUGGUGGUGAUAUCUGAUAUCAUCUUCACCUACUCUGUUUUUGUUGGUUAUGAGAAUACAAUGUUAGUUUGAUGAUCAUUGUAAGUUUUUUUUUUUUAUCUUUCUAUUUGGUGUUUUUUUUAGAGAUUAGUUUUGUUGGUUAAAAUGAUCUGAGUUUGAAUUGAGAUGGGGGAGGCAUGGAGAGAUUGAUUGACAAGACUUAGAAACAGUGGUUAGGAUUGUAUGACGCCUUUAAUUCAUAUUCUUGUUUUCUCUGCUA